AUGUCUCUCAUGCUGUUGAGCGCGGGUUCUCUUCCCGUCGCCUGGACGCUGCCAACCCAGGCCUACGCGCCGAAUAUUACAGUCACAAAUGCAACUACGGCAAUGUACCAACUAAGCAGCGAUUCCGAGUUUGCAUUCAUCCUCAGCGAGUACCUCUCCCUCGCUAACGAAGGAGGCGCUGCGUCAGGAGAAAUCCUUCGUGCGGCUGCUGUCAUUGAGGCUGGAGACUUCGAGAGCUGGUACAAAGAGUUCACGUUUCUCGCGGAAAAGAUUGGCGCUCAAGCAGAAAAGGCUGAGAAGAACAAGGCUUUGGUUUCUGCCAGAGAAGCCUACUUCAGGUCGUCAUCCUACUACCGCGCUGCUGAUUUUUUCCUGCAUGGCAACCAAUCUGAUCCGAGAAUUUACACGGUGUGGGACAAGCAGAAGGUGGCCUUCAAUAAGGCUGUCGGAUUGCUGUCUCGUCCUGGGACUUUUGUCGAGCUUAAGGCUGAUGGCUUCACGGUUCCGGCCUACUUCUACCCGGCCAACCCCCAACUUCCUGCCAACCAGGGUGCCCCAAAAAGGCGCCUUCCAACUGUCAUUGUCGGCACUGGGUAUGAUGGAUCUCAGCAAGCCAUCUAUCACAGCAACUGUCUUGAAAUCAUUGAACGCGGAUGGAACUGCAUUACCUACGAGGGUCCCGGGCAGCCUACUGUUCGCCGAGACCAGGACAUGGGAUUUAUUCCCGAGUGGUGGGAGGUGGUUACACCGGUAGUUGACUACGCGCGCGCGCGACACGAUGUCGAUAUUGACAAAGUGGCCCUUAUGGGAGUCUCCUAUGGCGGUCUUUUGGCACCACUUGCAGCAACAAAAGAACGCCGUCUCGCGGCGGUCGUUGCCCUUGACGGCAUGCUCAGCCUUAAGCGUGCUGUCCUAACAUUGUUGGGCACUCAAAUUACAGAACUCUAUUCUUCAGGCAACGAAACAGAGUUUAACAAUUACAUGACCGCUGCCCUUGCGCAAGACGUCCCAACCAGCUUCCGCUGGCUCAUCGAGCAAGGAAUGUGGUCAUUCAAUACGACGGAUCCUUACACUUUCAUCUCACGCAUGGGUGAUAUUUACCUCGACAAGGAGAAACUUGACAAGAUUGAAUGUCCCGUCUUUGUGGGGUCCGGAGAGGAUGAUAACCUUGCGCCGGUACAGCCCGAGGAGAUGGCGAGGUUAUUGGGUCCAGAGAGGUCGCAUUACUUCUUGUUCAAGACCGAGCUGGGUGCUGGAGAACACUCCGGGCUCGGAGGUGAGCAGCAAAUUGCACUUGAGUCGCUGAUUUGGCUGGAUAAGGUCUUUGAAAAAUAG